AUGCCCGUCAACGGCUCUCAAGACUCCGGUGUCACUGGUGCUGCCAAAUUCGUCACAUCAACGCUUGGCAACACCGUGGGCGGCGUCGGCCGAACUGUCGGCGGCGUGACCGGCGCAGCUACCCGCGGCGUGGGCGACACGAUCAGCGGCGCCACAGGAAGCGCUGGCAGGCCCGUCGGGGAUGCGCUGAACAGCGCGGGAACCGGGCUGGAAGAUGGGACGAAACGGGUGGCCCAUGGAGUUGAGAAUGCUGGACAGUGGAAGUAG